UCCCACGGUUCUCCUCUGCUGCUGCUCUCAAUCCACCGCGGAUCGUGGAUGGCUGCCCACCGAACCGAUGCUAUAUCUAUUCCGCUGCUGCUUUCGGUCUGCCACCCCGCUCUAUGCACUUGCAGUUAGGUGGGGGCAGACCACCAGCCUUACUUUUGUAAGGAUUCUGGUGACGAUCCCCAGCCUCGGAGGACGGCGUGCAUUUGCAUGACACAAUGCCCUCGCUUCUGCCAUCACCGAUGCAUGGACAUGGACAUGGACAUGGACAUGGACAUAAAUGAGCCCACCAUCGCUGCCGAGUGGUGUGUCGAGGGAGAAGAGAGAAGUGACAACACACCAUAAAGGAUCCCCCCUCUGCCCUUCUUCUUCUUCUUCUUCUUCUUCUUCUCUCCUUCCCCUCACCAAUAUUUCACCAAUCACUCCAUCCUCCUGCUUGCUUUUCCAGUAGAGUCCCUGAUGAGGACCAUCAACAUGGGAAGAAGCACUUCCCGUGACUCCUCCUCUUUCUCUUCCUCCUCCGCCAGAAAACACUUCCAGUGGAGGAUAAAGAAGUCCCCCAAGGAAGGAGCAGCGGAGAGGAAGGAGUGGGAUGACCAGGAUGAAGAGAAAGCCACUCUCUCUUCCUUUACCUCCUCAUCCUACCCUUACCAAGAAGAAACGGCCGCCGCCGCUACUGGGCCCAAGAAGAAAACUUCUUCGGCCGCAGAGACGGCGGUGUCCAGGCUUCGGUCGGUUCUGGCGGCCGCGACUUCCCUCCGCCGGAACCGACCGACGGGCCUCGGCGCCCGCGUCACGGGCACCCUCUACGGGCACCGGCGCGGCCACGUCCACCUCGCCUUCCAGGCGGACAGCAAGUCGUGCCCGGUGGUGCUCGUCGAGCUGGCCACGGCCACCAGCGCGCUCGUGCGCGAGAUGGCUUCGGGCCUGGUCAGGAUCGCACUCGAGUGCGAGCGCAAGCCCAGCAGCGGCGGCGGCGGCGGCGAGAAGGCGGCGGCGACGACGAGGCUAGUGGAGGAGCCGCUCUGGCGGGCGUACAUCAACGGCAAGAAGUGCGGGUAUGCGGUGCAGCGCGAGUGCGGCCCCGGCGACUGGAAGGUGCUGAGGGCCGUCGAGCCGGUGUCGAUGGGGGCCGGGGUGAUCCCGGGCGACGGCGGCGACGCCGGCAACACCGAUAAGGACGUCAUGUACAUGCGAGCAAAAUUCGAGAGGGUGGUGGGGUCCAAAGACUCCGAGGCCUUCUACAUGAUGAACCCAGACAACAAUGGAGGCCCUGAGCUGAGUGUCUACUUGCUCAGAGUGUAAUAGAAGCUUAAACCUCCCCCUGCUCCGUUUGUAAUAGAUAAAACUACCUCUCUGUCUUCAGUUUCCAUGUAGCCGUGGCUCGAGUGUGUAGCGUAAUAACUUGCAGGUUGUGGUCGGAGUGGAGUUGGCUUUGCAUCUUUUCCUUC